CGGUCACGGGACCGCGACCAGCUCCGUCUGCCUUCCUGGAGGAUAGGGAGGGAUGAGCGGGGGUCUCCGACUGCGACUGGACAUGGAGAAGGAGCGGGAGACCCUGCAGGCCUGGAAGGAGCGUGUGGGACAGGAGCUGGACCGCGUGGUGGCUUUCUGGACAGAGCACUCCCACGACCAGGAGCAUGGGGGCUUCUUCACCUGCCUCGGCCGCGAUGGGCAGGUGUAUGACGACCUCAAAUAUGUCUGGCUGCAGGGGAGGCAGGUAUGGAUGUAUUGUCGCCUGUACCGAAAGUUUGAGCGCUUCCACCACUCUGAGCUCCUGGACUCAGCAAAAGCAGGUGGCGAAUUUCUGCUGCGUUAUGCUCGGGUGGCACCUCCUGGCAAAAAGUGUGCCUUUGUACUGACUCGGGACGGCCGCCCAGUCAAGGUGCAGCGAACCAUUUUCAGCGAGUGUUUCUACACCAUGGCCAUGAACGAGCUGUGGAGGGUGACAGGGGACACGCGCUACCAGAGGGAAGCGGUGGAGAUGAUGGAUCAGAUCGUCCGCUGGGUGCGAGAGGAUCCAUCCGGGCUGGGCCGGCCCCAACUCCCAGGGGCCCCAGCCGCGGAGCCCAUGGCGGUGCCCAUGAUGCUGCUGUGCCUGGUGGAGCAGCUCGGGGAGGCGGACGAGGAGCUGGCAGCCAGACACGCGGAGCUGGGCGACUGGUGUGCCCACAGGAUUCUACAGCACGUCCAGAGGGAUGGACAGGCUGUGCUGGAGAAUGUGUCAGAGGAUGGCAAGGAACUUUCUGGUUGCUUGGGGAGACACCAGAACCCAGGCCACGCACUGGAAGCAGGCUGGUUCCUGCUGCGCCAUGCCAUCCGGAAAGGCGACCCUGAACUUCGAGCCCACGUUAUCAACAAGUUCCUGUUGUUGCCUUUCCGCUCUGGAUGGGACCCUGACCAUGGAGGCCUCUUCUAUUUCCAGGACGCCGACGACCUCUGCCCCACCCAGCUGGAGUGGGCCAUGAAACUCUGGUGGCCGCACAGUGAAGCCAUGAUUGCCUUCCUCAUGGGCUACAGUGACAGUGGGGACUCUGCUUUGCUACACCUCUUCUACCAGGUGGCCGAGUACACCUUCCGCCAGGUGCCACAAGGAUAUAGUUACUGAGAGCCAAGAGGCAAAGUAAGCUUCCGAGCGCCCAAGGAGAAGAGAAGACGGGGUAGGAGCACACCUGGCAAAGGAGACAAGAAUCAGUUGUGGGGUAGGAAAGAAACCAAGCCAGGGCCCCCCAGAGGUCCAAGUACUACAGCAGAGUGAUGAGCUGUGCCUGCGAGUGCCACGCCAGGGCAGGGCACCCACGGGUGCAAGGACUGGGUGGUGAAU